UCGUGAACAAAAUUUGUAAAAGAAGCACUACAGCAAAAAAUGGUCACCAGCAGAAACUUGAUAAGCUUCUCCAGUUUACUCAUCGUGUGACACGAACAGAGCGAAUUCGAGACACUAGCAUUGUCGCAUUUCAAUAUUCAGUUCCGAUUGGUGAAACAAAUGUGGAAGUGCUCAUCUUCGGGUAUCAGUUACCUACCGGAGAUGAUUUACAUCAGCUUGAGUGCGCCCGGUGACGUCUUCACGCUGGCGUUAAUUUGUCUCGCCGGGUUCUUCGUUUGGUUUGCGUCAACGAGUGGAUCGCGAUACUGGAAACCUCACAGCUUACCGUAUAUCGAGGGGAAACCGUUCGCUGGAAACUUUCUCGAUGCAUUGCUGCUUAGAAAGAGUAACUUCGACCUGAUGGAUAAACUCUAUAAUGACGUCAAGGUUGCCGGAAGCGAACUGUUCGGAAUCAGCAUAUUAAUGCAGCCGGCGAUAGUGUUGAGGGAUCCAGAACUGAUCAAGCAAGUUUUAGUAAAGGAUGCACAAUAUUUUGGCAACAGACACAUGUGCACUGAUCCCUCUAGCGACCCGAUUGGUUACUACAAUCUACUGAUGAUCAAAAACCCCCACUGGAAGCAGUUGCGAUCCUACCUAACGCCAUCCCUGAGUUUGAACAAAAUAAAAAAAAUGUACACCCUCGUUGAUCAGAUCGGUAAGGACAUGCUGGAUCACCUUUCCUGCCUUCCGGAGAAGCGACCACAAGUUCGAGAAGUGGAAUUCAAAGAACUAUGCGCCCGUUUUACAACGGAUGUAAUUGCGAGCACAUUUUUCGGUAUCCAGGCCAAUUGUCUAAUGGACGAACAAUCCGAAUUCCGUUACUACGGCAGAAAGAUCUUCGAGUAUGGACCAAAGCGGGGUUUCACCAUGGCUACGUUUUUCUUUCUGCCAGAAUUAGUACCAUAUUUGAAGUUAAAGCUGUUCCCGAGGGAUACAGAGGAGUUUUUGAAAACAAUAAUUCAACAGGAGAUUUUUCGACGAGAGAAAAAUGGUGAAACACGAGGGGAUUUCAUUGAUUCAAUGAUCUCUUUGAAAAGAAGCAACGCUUUUAUUGGGACAAAUGACCGAAUCCUUCUGAAAGACGACAUCCUGGUAGCUCAGGCCGCCACAUUCUAUAUGGCCAGCUUCGAGACAACCUCUUCAGUAUUGUCGUUUACACUCUAUGAACUAACGAAAAAUCCAAAUAUACAGAAGCGUCUACGCGAAGAAAUACGAAGCAGUAUCCAGAAAUAUGGCUCCGAUUUGCCAUACGAAUGUCUAAUAAACGAAAUGCCUUACCUCGGUAUGGUGAUUUCGGAAGCGGCUCGACUGUAUCCCGUCCUACCAUUCAUCGAACGCCAAUGUACUCUCCCGGUAGGAGUUUCAGGAUAUAAAUUGGAACCCUUCAGCGAUUUUGUCAUUCCGAACCGAAUGCCGGUGCUAGUACCCAUCUAUGCCAUUCAUCGAGAUCCGAAGUUUUUCCCCGACCCAUUGCGUUUUAAUCCGGAAAGAUUUGCGAAGGAAAAUUUGGACAACAUUGUACCGUGCAGCUACAUGCCGUUUGGUGUAGGUCCAAGAACGUGUCUUGGAUCGCACUUCGGCACACUACAGGUGAAGGUUGCUGUCGUCAGAAUACUCUCAACGUACAGAAUUGGACGGUCGGAAUCUACCCCGGAGAAACUUACUUACCGGAAGAACGCUUUUACAUUGCAAUCAAACGAAGGUCUGAGUGCAAAUUUGAUUCUGGACGAACUUUGAUUAAUGAACAGUCUUGCGGAAACAGUUAUUAUAUGGGAAUAAACUUAAAUCGUCGAUUCUUUGAA